UAACUUACGUGGUGAUAAUUUGGAGAGAUCGUUGCAUUCAGCCCGUGGUCACUGUAGGAGUGAUAAGUGUUCUUGGUGUGAAAUGGCUUCGAUUGGAUUCAAAACCAGUUUACUUUUAGUUGUUUUAUUAAAAAUCUGCUGUGGAAGAAAUGUUCAACAUGAAUGGGAUCCUAAAGGCUACGUAAUGUACUGUCCUUGUAUGGGCCGAUUCUCAGGACAGACGGAACAGUUCCUUGGAGCUCUUUCUUUUGCUAAAGGCAUUAAUAGAGUCCUUGUCAUUCCUCCCUAUAUUAAUUAUCCUUGCGGAAGAAAACACCAUGGGCAUGGUAUCAGCCUUCCCACACAUCUUCAACCAAAUAUAUAUGUUCCAUUUGAUAAUUAUUUCAAUCUGGACAAAGUGAAGGAGUAUCACCCUGAUGUGAUUCUAAUGCAUGAUUUUAUGGAUAACCUAGCACCAGUAAACUGGGCGCCUGGUCAGCGUUUUGCUUACUGCUCGUCAAGGGCUGCCGAGUUCAAUGAGGGCGCUUGUCCAAGGUCUGGAAAUCCAUUCUCCGAGUUCUGGGACCAUUUUGACAUCAAAUUUGAUGACUCCUUAAUCUGGGAAGGAGACCUGCAUUUUAAUGUUGAAUAUGAACCAUGGAAAGAGAACUGGGAAAAAGAAUAUCCACCUUCUAAGUACCCAGUAAUAGCUUUCAUGAGUGCCCCUGCUAUCAGUCCACUUUCUGAUGUCCCUGCUGGACUACAAGAGUACUUGGAGUGGCAACCAAGAAUAGCAGAAGAAGGAGAGAAACACAUCGCAGAGCACCUGCAAAGACCCUAUGUUGGAAUUCAUCUUAGAAAUGGUGCUGAUUGGGUCCGUACUUGUGAAUUGGCUGAUGGCUCAUACCACCAACUCAUGUCAUCUAGGCAAUGUACCGGUGUUCGCCAUGACAACUCGGCUCCAAUCACCAUGGAGAUGUGCAUCCAGUCGGAGGAACAAGUCAUUAAGGAACUGAAGUAUAUUGUCAGAAAGGAGCAACCUAAAACAAUCUUCGUUGCCACUGAUCAUGAACCCAUGGUUGACGAGUUAACAGAGGCUUUCCCAGAAAUCGAAGUUAAGCAUCUUGACCCAGAAAAACCAGAGAUUGAUAUGUAUAUUCUUAGCCAAUCUGAUCACUUCGUUGGUAACUGUGUCUCUGCCUUCUCUCACUACGUCAGACGUGAACGCGAUGUCGGUGGUAAAAUUGCUACAUACUUCGGUUGGAAGGGCAAUUACCAUGAUGAGCUUUAGAUGUUAAAAAUAUAUAAAUUAAGUUUUUAAUAGUAGUCUGUAAAAUUUGGUAAAAAAUUGAGGGAAAGUUCCUACAUUUGGCAACAUUGGUUUAUUACAUGGAUGCAUGGAGGACUGUAGAUACACACUGUAGGAUCAAACUCAUAAUUCACAUUUUUCAAAGGUCAUAAUUUGAUUAAAUUAGGGUUUUGUUGUUUUUAACACCUUGAAUAUCAUGUACUAUGAUGGGGGAUAAAGCCAUCUGAUAUAAGCAUUGUUUUUGUAGGAAAUUGUGUAGUUUUGGGGGUGUAUUCUUCUUGUAUAUUUAUGAUUGUUUUUAUAGGCCAAAUUACUUUCAUAAGAAAAUAAAAAGAUGUAAGAAA